AUGAAUAUCCCACUUAUGGUCGCUCGGAUGUGGGUUUUCGGUGCCCUGGUACACGGAGUGCCCACCACACGCCACACAAACAUGAAGUGCGAAGUUCAUGAUGAAUCCUUUGUUGAAGUAAAACAGUGUCGAUUGAAAGUCCUGGGUCGCGGAAUUAUCGGAGCUAACGUUUACUUGAAAUUGAAAGUGAUGCCCGUGAAGACGGUAAAUGUCAAUUUCAGUGUGUGGAAAAAAUUGUCCGGCUACCAUCCAUAUCUAUUUAAUACCACCGUGGAUGUUUGUCACAUUUUAAAGCACCCGAAUCCGUCAAAUGUAUUCUUCUACUUUUAUAGGGCAUUAAAGCCCUACUUCAAUGCUAAUCACUCGUGUCCGUUCAACGUGAGUUUGUUUCGAAGUUGCCUCUUCAAUGGUUUUCUAUUAGUUUUUUACCUACAGCACGACAUUAUACUGAAGAAUUUCGUUUUGGACGACAAGAUGUUCUCCCUUUUUCCAAUUCCCAUGGGCAACUACAUGUUUGCUAUAAAAAUUAUGGCCAACGAGGCUUUGAGAUUAACUAUUUUUUCCUAUAUGGAUGUUAACGUUGACAAAUUGUAG